CCAGGCUCGCGCUGCCCAGGUGAGGACACUGGUGCAGCUAGAGUAGUACAGGAGCUCGGCUUUCCGAGCCCCGCCCCCACACAGGCAGUUUCACUGCAGCUCACCUGGCUGCCACACUUGUCACAUCUCCAAGGAGACGUGGCAGUUGCACCACCUCCCAUUACCUGCGCAGCAUGGCGUUUAGUGCCACUGGCCUGGGGCGCUGCGCCUGUGCCUUCUGGCUAGCGGUCACAUUUGAUGUCUUUGGACUAACUGUGCUUCUCAUUGGAGUUUUUGCCAACGUGUUUUUCUAUGACUUUUUGAUUUACGCAGGGGCUAUCAUCAUUUUUCUUAGUCUUAUCUGGUGGAUUUUUUGGUACACUGGCAACAUAGAAGUACCGCCAGAGGAGCUGGAAGACGAUGUAGGGCUUAUCAAAAAACAACCUCAACAAGGGGUACUAGGACUGGUCAGGAGGGUCUCCAAUCGAAUUUCCAACAGUAUCCGGCGGUCCAACUCUUGGGUUAGGAGCUCUAUGAGGAGAAACCGAAACAACGGACAAGGUGAACUUGGCCCUUCAAGUCAAAGAUCAGCCGCUACCUCAUCUCCAGUGGUGUUGUCCAUGGCACCAGCUGGUACCACCUUGAGCACCGUUUCUGCAUCUGUAGAGAAAUGUGUUACCUUUGCAAAUACAGCACCACAGGGGACACAUACCGAAACUUCUCCUAUUUAGAUAUUAUGGUGCUUGCAGCAUGGGUCAACAUUUUACUGCCAGAUUCCGAAGAUUAAUAUUAGUCAUGCAAAAGAAACUCCUACAUGUUCCAAGGGAAAAGAGGCCCAUCAGGAACACGCUGCAGGAAUGCUGAUGACCAUGUGUUUCUUACCAUCAGACUUUGGGAAGAAUAGAAAGCCAAAUCAGCUGACAGUGUUAUAGCUAUAUGGAGAGGAGUUUCUGGCUAAUACCAAUGCCUUUGCUGAACUUUAUUUAUAUGAAAUUUUAAUUUUUUUAAUCAUGAUGAUGUUGCAUUUGUACAUAUUUUGUAAGUAACUUGAAUUCACAAGUAGUGAGCCAAACAUCUUUAGACCUCAAACAAAAAAAGUCAGAUUUUUUUCUUAUUUUCUUACAGAGUAUGGACAAUAUUAAUGUAAUCACUGUGCUAUUUUUAAAACUGUUAGUAUUAAAAUAAAAAAAUGGAUUCUUAAACAAAA